GUCGAAAGCAUGAUACAUACUGGUUUGGGUGCGAGUGCCGUUACAUGUCCUUGGAGUGCAAGAGCAAGCAUGGAAUGCAAUACCUUGACGAACCAACAGUUUACUCCAGUCAUUGGUGACACGUGCAAACCAAGAUCAACAUCAGCUUUACGGUUUCGCUUUUCCUUUGUACUUCUCUCACAUCAUGCAUCAUCUUUUCUUUCGCGGCUACCAUCUCGGUGGCUUGUUCUUUCGGUGGCAUCGCUGCAUGCGAUGAAGAGGAUUUCAAGCUUUCAGCCUUGAAGCGGACGGUGGCGCAAAAUCCUUGUCCGUUUUGGCAAUAUUCAGGAGACAACCCGACCUCACGUAAACCAGAUUUUCGGAGCGAUCUUCAACAAGACGUGCCCACCUGCCCAUGAGCCUCAAUUAGCGGACGCUGACAUAUACGCUGAAUGCGGCUCAGACCGACAUUUCAGAUGUCGCAGCCUGAAAAGGACAUCACUCUUCCCAUGCCUCCAACCACAUCUAAAUCUAAGCGGCAGAAACCUGCAUCACAACUGUUUUCACGAAAAUCCACCCUCGUCAUAUUUAUUGUCGUGGCAGUCUUUCUAGCACUGACAAUUCUUCGGAAAAUACACAAUGGGCUAUGUUCAUCCCUCCUCACAGGAAGUGGUUUCUGUCCAGCGAUACUGGCAAAUGUAUGGCAUUUAUUCUACCAUCUUGGCGGUAACGGCCCAUGGAUACCUAGAAUCAGUGGCAUUGGGUACUCCAAUGCUUCACUGCCUAAGCAUUGUUCGGUAGACCAGGUUCAUAUGUUGUCGCGGCAUGCCGAACGAUAUCCUACCAAGAGUGCAGGUGCUCGGCAUCUCGAUCUCCUAGAUCGACUUCAAAAUUCUGGAGUCGCCCUAACCGGAGAAUUGUCGUUCCUGGAUACUUGGACGUACUUUACAGAUCCCUCAACCCCGGCUUUCGAAAAUUUGACCGAUACCGGUCCAUAUGCUGGCACUCUACAAGCCUUCAACACCGGAAAGACGUUGCGAGACAAUUACGGUCACUUGAUACCUCAAAACCGGCGUACCAGGUUUUGGUCAUCUGGCUCUCCGAGAGAUGUCGAGACCGCCAAGUUCUUCGCAAAUGGUUUCUUUGGUCCGGAUUGGAACUCGGGCGGCUCUGCUGAGCUGGUAGUCAUCCCAGAAGAUGCAGAACGGGGCGCCGACACACUGACUCCAGGAGACACCUGCUACAAAUACCGAAAGGAUGGAUACGGCCAUGACUACGGAUACGGCAAGCUCGAAUUGUGGCAGAAAGUGUUCACAGAGCCCAUUGCCAGCAGACUUGCGCAGCACGCCGAAGGCAUGGAAUUCAGCCACCUUGAUGUGUACAGCAUGAUGGAAAUGUGCGGGUUUGAGGUCCUCGCUAAAGGUGUUAGCCCUUGGUGCAGCGUCUUCACGCAAGAGGAAUGGCUACACUUCGAGUACGCACGGGAUCUCCUGCAUUUCUACCGUGCCGGGCCAGGCAACUCCUACGCCGGUGCAAUGGGGUUGCUAUGGUUGAACGCAACUCAGAAGCUGAUGUCAAACGAGUCUUCAAACGACGUGUAUUUCAGUUUCGUCCAUGAUGGCGAUAUAGUUCCUGUCAUGGCUACGCUGCAGAUCCUCAACGAGCGAGUGCUUCUGCAAGAAUUGCCUACGACUCAUAUGAAGGCGGACCGACAUUGGCGGACCAGUGACGUGGUACCAAUGGGUGGCCGAUUGAUAUUCGAACGGGUUGGCUGCGAGUCCGGUUCCGAGACAAGCGAAAAGGAAUACUUUGUGCGACUGUUUAUCAAUGACGGGCUGAUGAAGUUGCCGGGGUUGCCCAUGGUCAGGCAUACCAAACAUGCUGUUCGUUUGGAGGAUUUUCAGGAUUUCAUUGCCACGAGAGGGGAGUUGUUUGGCGACUUUCGAGAGGUCUGCUCUCUAUCUGCGGACAGCCCUGAUGGAAUUACGUUCUUACAUCAAUAGACAUAUAUAUAUAGGCGACAGCGGAGAAGGAUUAGGGUUGAGAGUGUACACAAUACACAGUAUCAGCGGGAUGCUUCGCCCUUAUGCGGCUGACUUAUUAAUAGCAUGAUACCCCUGCAGAUCGUUUUGUUGGUUGCC